CGGACGUACGUUGUACAAAUGUAUAAUUGUUGUGAUGAGUGACAUCAAUGUUGCCUGUGGUACUAUAUACUACGUUGCCCAAUAUCUACCCAUAGCUUUCCUAAAUUGACGAGAUUUUUGUCAACCCCACUCCUUUUUCUUCACCAAGUCAUGACAUCAAUCCCUUUUACAAUUAAUGUAUAAAUUAACAACCCUUUUUCACAUUCAUUUCACUCUCUCCAUCAUCAUAUAUUCAUCAUUUAUAGUGCACUAUUCAAUCUUUAUCAUGUAUAUAUAGCUAGUUAGCUACCCCUCCAUCAAAGAAAUCUCACAAGUUUACAAUUUUCACUCUUUCUCUUUUCUUGGGCCUUGUUUUCUCUUUGCUUAGCAAUAUAGACAGAUUGAAAAGGAAAAUGGUUGAGAACACACCAACUCCACUAAUUCCAAAUAAUGAAAUACUCCCAUUGAUUGACCUUAAGGGCCAAAGGGAUGAGGUCUCAAAGCUUAUAGUAAAAGCUUGUGAAGAUUUUGGAUUCUUCAAGCUCAUCAACCAUGGAGUUCCCAUGGAUGUAAUUUCAAGUUUGGAAGAAGCGAGUUUUGAUUUUUUCGCUAAACCAUCAUCUGAAAAGGAAAGGGCAUCCCUUUGCAGCAAUCCUCCUUAUGGAUAUGGAUGCAAGAACAUUGGCUUGAAUGGAGAUGUUGGAGAGGUUGAAUAUCUCAUUCUUGACGCCAAACCGGCGGCCAUCACAACCUACCCUAUUAACCUCAGGGAUGCAGUGAGUAGUUAUGUAGAAGCAGUUAGGGAGUUGGCAUGUGAGAUAUUGGAUCUCAUGGCAGAAGGGCUGGGGGCCCAACAAACCUCAGUCUUCAGCAGCUUCAUCCGGGCCGUCAACUCCGAUUCUCUCCUCCGCCUCAAUCACUACCCUCCUCUCCGGGAUAGGGACACGUCACCCUCCACCGGCAACGCCGCCGCAGCGACGGCCUCCGCCACAUCCGGCGCCGACGGCGUCUGCAACCGAAUUGGCUUCGGAGAGCACACUGACCCUCAGAUCUUGACCAUCUUGAAAUCCAACGGUGUGGGUGGCCUCCAAAUCUCGGUCCAAGAUGGAGUGUGGGUCCCUGUCAGUCCACAUCCCACUGCCUUCUUUGUCAAUGUUGGUGACGUGUUACAGGACAGAGAGAGUACAUCAUUUGCUUCACUUCUGUUGUUGAUAAUGUUGACUGUAUUGAAGGCUAUGACGAACGGGAAGUUCUUGAGCGUGAGACAUCGGGCUAUGGUGAACUGGCAGGAGUCUAGAAUGUCAAUGGCCUACUUUGCAUCCCCAUCACUGGACUCUAGGAUCAGCCCACUUGCUCAUUUGGUUACACCCAACAGCCCGCGGCUUUACAGAUCAUUCACAUGGGCCGAGUACAAGAAAGCCACUUAUUCUGGCCGCUUAGGAGAUAGCCGUCUCAAUUUGUUCAGGAUCCAACCCGGCGAUGAAACUGCUGCCAAACAAUAAUUUAUUUACUGAAUCCUUCACUAUUUUUCAUUGGCCGGAAAAUGUUUGAAAAAUUCUUUUCUUCCCCUAAUUUUGUAGAAUUCUAACUAAGAGUUUAAUUUAGUGUUUUUUCUUUUUCCUUCUUGGUUCUUCUGAACUUUCUCUAUUUCACCACUUAAGGGGUUCCCGUUAACUUCUAACCACUUGACUCAAUAAAACUGCUACUAGCGUGUUAGUUUGGACUUUGGAGUUAUAAGACAUGUGAUUGAUUGUAACAUUUGAUAUUUGAGCUAUUAUUGUGUACUUUUUGAGAUUCUUGAUGUUUCUUCCAAUAC